GCGUCCGGAAGGUGGCGGGGCGAACGUUCCUUGGCGAUUGGCAGCGACGACGGCGGCAGUUCAUCAGUUGACACACACGCGCCGUUGGAUGUGGUUCGUUUUGCGCGACUAUUGUGUCAGCUGUAUAACGUGUCUCUCUCGACGUGAUGCGUGAUUCACAAAUAUUCUACGUGUGAUGUGUUGCGUAACGUGCGCGUCCGUACGACUCGCCGCUCUGUGUGAAUAUAAAUUUCCCUAGUGCGAACGUGUGUUGAUACAUCGCUAUUCUUCACCUCACUUCACGCGACUGUGAUGAAUGACGGUGAGAAUAUCGCUUCUCGGUUCCUCGACGACGUGCGGUAGUGACGUAGUCGCAAAACUCUGUGGAGUAACAUGUAUUCGAGCGCCGGUAUCAACGCGGCAGCGGUAGCCGUGGCUGCAGCUCGACAUCCGGGCCCGCCGCAGCCUGGUCAGCCGUUCAAGUUUACGAUCGGCGAAUCCUGCGACCGGAUCAAGGAGGAAUUCAACUUUCUGCAGACGCAAUAUCACGCGCUGAAGCUGGAGUGCGAGAAACUGGCUACCGAGAAGAUCGAGAUUCAGCGACACUACGUGAUGUAUUACGAGAUGUCGUACGGCCUAAAUGUCGAGAUGCACAAGCAAAUGGAGAUAGUAAAGAGACUGAGCACUAUCAUCGGCCAAAUCCUACCGUUUCUUUCGCAAGAGCAUCAGCAGCAGAUUGCGAAUACCGUUGAAAGAGCAAAGCAAGUUACAGUGAAUGAUUUAGGUGGCGUAGUUGGGCAACAGAGGCAAGACAUACCGCGGAUCCUUCAGCAAAUACACGCUCAGCAAAUACCACCGGCGGCGAUAGCCGCUCAUCCGGGUCUACCUGGACUUCCCGGAUUGGGGCCAGCUGCCGGGCUUCCGGUGCCGACUUCCGCGUCCGCGGCUUUGCUCGGCCUCGGACUAACACCCGGGGCGGUCGCCGCGAACCCAGGCGCGACCGCUGCCGCGCAUUCCCUGUCGAUGCUCGGCAAGCCGGAUAUCCAUCGCGGUCAGCCGGAUGAUCUCAAGAGCAACGGUGGUCUAAGCUCAACGGAAGAGAGACACAGAGGCUCAAUCUCGCCGGCCGACAAAUAUAGCCGAUCACGCACACCACAAGAGGCCACUCACACUCAUCAUUCUCAUCACUCGCAAAAUCAUCACGAUCAUCACCCGAUGAAGAAGAUGAAAAAGGAAGAGAAGGACAUAGUGCACAGCGACGGCGAAAAAAGUGACCAGGAUCUAAUCGUGGAUGACGGAAGCGAUGGUCCGCCGAGUCCUAUAGCAAACGGGACGACGUCGCCGCGCGAGAACGGCCUCGACAAGGCGUCCUCGAUAACGGUGCCGACGAUAGGAUCCACCGGCGUGCAAACGUCAAAGAGGGACGCGGUACCUCCGCACUCGCCGAGAAGCGGUACCAGCAGCAAUGCGAGCACGCCAUCGGCUAAGAAAAUGGAGGACCGUGAGAAACCGUCGACGCCGAUCUCGAAGCCGUUGACACCGACAUCGGGAUCGGCGACGGUAAUCGGCAGUGGCGGCAAGACAUCGUCAGCCUCCAGUAAACUGCUGCAUCAGGCUCCAUCCGUACCUCCCGGUGCUGUGCCACCGCCAACCGCUUAUCCGUUGCAUUAUCCACCUCCGGGCCAUCCACCGCCCCAUAAUCUCGUCCCGACGGCGCACGGUCAACACCCGCAUGUCGCCGACGUUAUGGCUUACAACGGUUACGCGACACCUAGGCCGCCUUCGACGAUACUGUAUGAUCCGCAUGCAGCUGUGAGGACUUCCAUCGGCAUACCCGGGGGCAAACCCGCGUAUAGCUACCAUAUGCUCGACGGUCAGAUGCAACCGUCGCCUUUCCCGCAGGACGCUCUCAGUGGUCCAGGCAUACCGCGUCAUGCGCGUCAGAUUAAUACCUUAAAUCAUGGCGAGGUAGUCUGCGCGGUAACCAUCUCGAAUCCGACCAAGUACGUUUACACCGGCGGUAAAGGUUGCGUCAAAGUCUGGGACAUCGCCCAGACAAGUAUGAGCAACGUGAAGCCAGUCUCGCAGCUUGAUUGUCUGCAACGCGACAACUACAUCAGGUCGGUCAAGUUACUUCCGGAUGGUAGGACGUUAAUAGUCGGCGGUGAAGCGAGUCAACUGAGUAUUUGGGACCUGGCCAGUCCGACGCCGAGAAUCAAGGCUGAACUAACAUCCUCGGCACCGGCGUGUUACGCCUUGGCGAUUUCGCCAGACUCAAAAGUGUGCUUCAGCUGCUGCAGCGACGGAAACAUCGCUGUAUGGGACCUACAUAAUCAAAUGCUGCUCAGACAAUUCCAGGGCCACACGGACGGCGCCUCAUGCAUAGAUAUUUCCGCCGACGGUACAAAAAUUUGGACGGGAGGUCUCGACAAUACCGUGCGUUCCUGGGAACUCCGUGAAGGCAGACAACUUCAGCAACACGACUUUUCGUCGCAGAUAUUUUCCCUCGGCUAUUGCCCCACCGGCGAGUGGUUAGCGGUCGGCAUGGAGAAUUCGCAUGUCGAAGUGUUACAUGCCACGAAACCGGACAAGUAUCAAUUGCAUCUGCACGAAUCCUGCGUAUUAUCCUUGAGGUUUGCCUCCUGUGGAAAGUGGUUCGUCUCUACGGGAAAGGACAAUUUAUUGAAUGCUUGGCGUACCCCUUUCGGAGCGUCGAUAUUCCAGUCGAAGGAAUCCUCAUCGGUGCUCAGUUGCGACGUAUCGACGGAUGACAAGUACAUCGUCACUGGUUCGGGCGACAAGAAGGCCACCGUCUACGAAGUCAUAUACUGAGACGUUAUCAACUGACUCUGUCCCUUGAAAACGAUGCGCUUGUACAAGAGUACUGACGAAAGUGUGACGAUGUUAUUGCUCUUUUCAUUAUCGUUGUUAUUCGCUCGUUGACAGGAAAGUGAGAUCAAAGCCGCGCCAAACGAAUAGAUUGUUCAACAGAUUUUCAGAGAUUUUAACAAUCGCGCAAUUGUAGCGGAAUAAAAAUUUCAAAACGUGCUUAAAGAGGAACAUACGUUUUGACGGCCUGAAAAUAGCAAUUAUUUGAAAAACUUUUUUUUGCGAAUGUGAAUAGGUCUUUUCAAUUGCAAAAUGCAAAAUUGCCAUCUCUUUUUUUGACGAAUACAGAAUUUGUUGAAAAAUAGAAAUGUAUAUUGAAUCGAGUGCUCUUAAAAUUUGUAAGAGUUAAAUGCAUCAUUCAAAUCUCGCAAAUUAAUGUUGGGAUCAUUAUUUACAGAACCAUCGGUUUGUUUUACACAGAUUGAAAUCUACUUCAGAUUGGAAUCUGUUUCGCUUGGCGCGUUUGGUCGCUCUUUGAUUGUGAUUAUUCUUAUCCUUCUUAUCUGUACAUUUUGUAAAUAGCACGUCUUAAUUAUAUCAUGAUAUUUUUCUACUACCUUUAAGAGUGAGAUGGCAUAUAUCAAGAGAAACAGAUUGUAAAUACAUAAAGACUAAAAAGUUCACAAGAGGUGAAGCACGAAAAUCCAUCUCAAUAAAUGAUGUAUGAUAAUUAAGACA